AUGGUCUUUUUGUCUUUCUUUCUUUUUGCUUUCUCUAUUUCUUUUACGUUUCAUGAUUCCUUUUUACUUUAUUUUUUUCUCUCUUUUCUUUCUUUUUCUCUUUUUAUUUAUUUUUUUCUAUAUCAUUUCCUGAACUUUUUUUUUCUUUCCCCAUUUCUUUUUCCUCUUUUUCUUUUUUACUUUUUUCAUCUUCAUGACUUUCCUCUAACUUCAUCUUUCUUUUUAUCUUUUUUUCUUUUUGAACAGAAAAAGAAAAAGAAGGGAAAGAUGAAUUCUUUUUCUUUCUUUGUCAUUAUAUUGAUUUCCUUUAAACUGUACCUGUCUUUCUUUUUCCCUCUUUUUUUCCUUCUUUCUUUACCUUUCAUUUUCAAACCUCUCCUCUUACCUUUUCCUUUUAAUCUUUCUUUUUGCCUCCACUUCAUUUGGAAUUUUCUUUGCCAUUUUGCCGUCUUUCCUCUCAAUUUCUAUUCUCUUUUCUUUCUUUAUCGCUUUUUCUUUCUGGAUCAUUUUUAUAAGUUUCCUUUUUUCUUCCUUUUUCGUUCUUUCCUCUUACAUUCUUUUUUCUUUCGUUAUCCCCUUUUCUUUUGUUCUUUUUCUUUCUUUUUAUUCUAUAUUUCUUCUUUCUUCCUUUUCUUAUCUCCUUUUCAUUGGUUCUUUCUUGUUUUAUCAUUUUCUAACCUUUCGAUAUUUUUUUUCUUUUUCUUUCUUUUCUGGGGCUUUUCUUUCUUUUUCCCUUUCCAUGACAUUCCUUUUAAUCUGUCAUUUCAUUUUUUUUUUUUUUUUUGCUUUUUUGUUAUUUCUUUCGACGCUCCUUUUUUUUCUUUUUAUUUUCUUUCAUUUUUCAGAAGACAAGCCGUUUACUUCUUUAGACAGCAUUGUGCAGAACUGACAAAAUCCUGUUCGUUUGGAAACAAGGUAUUGCGUGCAGAAGCCAUUUGUAGACAGGCGGAGAAGAACUAA